AUGCUUUCUAGAAAUUGUUCGUUGCCACCAGCAACUGUGAGAGUUAUUGAUGAAUCACCAUUGAAUAAUGAACCUGAGCACUUUAUUAGUACUUCGACAUAUGAUUCCAGUAUCCCAAUUGCGAUUGACUUUGGCACCUGCAGUGUUAAAGCUGGCUAUGUAAACAAGGCUGAUCCAGCUUUCAAUUUUCCAACAAGACUGACACGUUUUAGAGACCGUAAAAUGAGUAGAACAAUGACAUUCAUUGGUAACGAUACUAACCUGGAUUACGCCGUUAGGUCACAAUCAAAGACUCCUUUUGACGGUCCAUUCGUAACUAAUUGGGAAUAUGCAGAAGAUAUUCUGGAGUACACGUUUAAGCAUUUAGGUGUAACAGCUAACCAUGGCAUUUCAAAUCCGCUUAUAAUGACAGAGAAACUAGCAACAUUACAAUCCCAGAGAGCUAAUUGGUACCAACUUUUAUUUGAAACAUUUAAUACAUCCAAUGUUUCUUUUGGUAUCGAUAAUGUUUUUGCAUUUUAUGCUAAUACUGAUAAACAUAGUUCGGGGCUUGUAUUUGGUCUGAAUAACCAAGAUACUAACGUUAUACCGAUAAUUGAUGGUAAGCCGGUAUUAACGGAUACGAAGCGAAUUAAUUGGGGUGGUAGUCAAUCUGUUGGUUAUUUAAGUGACUUGAUGACUUUAAAAUACCCAUAUUUCCCAACAAAAUUAACAGAGUUUCAAUAUGAGACACUUUAUAAAGAUUAUUGUUAUGUAUCACCAGAUUACGCUAAAGAACUUGAAGAUAUUUUAAGCUUAGAACAAUUGGAAAAGAAGGAUAUAGUUGUUGAAGCACCAUUUACAGAGAUUAUGCAACCAGAAAAAACAGAAGAAGAAUUAAGAAUUCAGGCAGAGAAGAGAAAAGAAAAUGGUAGAAGAUUACAAGAACAGGCAAAGCAAAAGAGAAUAGAAAAAAUGGUAGAGAAACAAGAAGAAUGGGAAUAUUAUUCUCAAUUGAAGGAACAGUUUGUGGACCAAUCAAAGAAACAAAUACAGUCAAUCUUGGAAAAUGCUGGUUUUGAUGAUGAAAGAGAUUUUAAAAAAUACUUGUAUAACUUAGAAAAAUCAUUAAAAAGAGCACAAGCUGCUGAGUUAUCAGAAUCUUUGGAAGGAGAUGAAGAAGAGGAAGAGGAAGAUGAAAAUGCCAAUAAAUUUGAAUUACUUGAAGUCCCAGACGACCAAUUGGAUGAAGAGCAAAUAAAGGAAAAGAGAAAACAAAGGUUAAUGAAGGCAAAUUAUGAUGCAAGACAAAGGGCAAAGGAAGAGAAACUAAAAGCCAAACAGGAAGCGGAAGAAUUAAGAAUAAAAGAAGAACAAUGGCGUGCUACUGAUUUAAGUGGAUGGAUUAGAAGUAAACGAAAGGCAUUGGAUGAGUUAUUACAAAAGAGAAAAGAAAAAAUUAAAACAAGAGAAGAUAUGAAAGAUAGAAAGUCACAAGCAUCGCAGAAUAGAAUGAAAAGUUUGGCAACAUUAGCAGAAGAUAACCUGAAAACUGGUACAAAAAGAACAAGACAGCAAGCAACUAUUGAUAAUGAUCCAAAUGAUACGUUUGGUGCUGACGACGAAGAUUGGAUGGUUUACAAUGACAUUUUUCAAAAUACAGAAACAUUGGACGAACUUAUAGAAGAAGAUUAUAGAGAUAUUGUAGAAAUUGAAAAAGAGCUACUGGAGUUUGAUUCUAAUUUUACAAUGGAAGACACAGUCGAUGCACAAUACGAUUGGAGAAAUUCUACCCUGCAUUUAUUCUUAAGAGGUCCAAGACCUUUUGAUAGUGAGAAUUCACAUGAACAGCACCAAAUGCAUAUGAAUAUUGAACGUCCUCGUGUUCCAGAAAUUCUAUUUCAACCAAGAAUGGGUGGUUGUGAUCAAGCAGGCAUAAUAGAAUUGUCUGAAACAAUGCUACUAAAAAAAUUUGGUUCUAAGCCUAGUAAAUUAAGUGAUCAAGCAGAAGCCAUGGCAAAGAAUGUGUGGAUCACAGGUGGACAUGCACAAUUGCCUGGAUUGAAGACAAGAAUCGUAAAAGAAUUUACAUCAUUUUUACCAAAUGAUGCCAAAUUCAGUGUUAAUAUAUCAAAACAUCCUUCUUUAGAUGCAUGGAAAGGGAUGGCCAAAUUUAGUUCUGAUGAUGCUGAUUUUAAAUCAAGUUUAAUUUCUAAAAAGGAAUACGAAGAAUAUGGACCAGAAUACAUAAAAGAGCACAGAUUGGGAAAUACUGGAUAUUAUGAGUGA